AUCUACCUCAAUCGUCCCGACAGUCGUGUUCCACUUCAUUGUCAAUCACGAUUCUUCCCUGAACUUUUACAGACAACAAUAUGCAUAGCGCCGAAAGUUCCUUUUUCUGGGUCACUGAGGGCACUGAGAUCACUACGGAGGCUAAGCCCAACUUUCAGUUGCCAUCUCUGACCUGGAUCAUCACCAAAAAGCUUGAAGAGCUGUCCGAUCUUAUGACGCAGCAGGAUAUCGACCAUGGUUUUAAGCCCGGAUUCGCUGCCGCAAAGUUUCUCUGCCACCCGAAGGACAACCCGAAAAAGCUCGCAUUCAUGCGAAUCUAUCGUCAAAUCCCUAUCUGUGGCACCGAAUUCGCCCCCUCUAGUAUCCGAGCUAGCCAGGCAAUGCCGCAAAGGCCAAAUAGGGAGUUGAUGGCAUUCAAGACACUGAAGCACCUGGCAUGUCCCGUCGUUCCCCAACUCCUAGGCUACCAAGAAGGAACGCAGGGGGAUCACGAAAUCGUCCCUGGUGGGUAUGAAAUCACGAUUGUCUGGGAGAAAGUUCCGGGAGAGCCUCCGUCUCAGGACUAUUUUUGGAGUCUCAACGAACAGCAGCGGGAUAGUAUCCGCGCAGAAUUUCAACGGGUCUACCCACAGCUUUUGCGGUGCGGUUUCCAGCCAUGUAUCGCCACCUCCUCGAAGCUCAUAUACGAUGAGUCUACUGGAAAGAUGCACAUUUCCGGGUUUCGGCUGGCAGCCCCUUGUGAUACAAAAAAACAGUUUCGGAAAGCAGACUAUGUCAUGUACGGAUUGGCUAAGCGAUCUGACCGGACGGACUGGUACAAUGACGAGACUGGAUGGAAAUGGUAAUCAAGUGGAAAUUGUUGAGCCGGGCAAUGCAUAUAUAUUAUUGUUAGUUAAGCCCUUUGAUAGGGUAUGGCGCUAGAGAUUCCAAUACCUCGACCGUGCGGAUUUGCCGUGAAACGUUUACGCAAAUUAACUAUCUGCCUCUUCUCAGUCGUUGCUCUGAGUACGUGCGCCGUUUCCUACGCUAUUGUUUUCGCUUCCCGACACCUUCAAAUUAUGCCCGUCAUCCAAAC